ACGACACGCCGAUAUUUCUCACAUUUACGAGACUAUUUUAACGAAAAACGAUCACCUGAGCUGGACAACAGACAACCACAACGGUGCGGAGCUCGGCUGAUGGAUGAGGAUGAGGAUGAUGUGUUCAGGAAGGGUCUCCAGCACUGGCCUUCCUCGCACCUGCAGAUAAAGCAGACUGAGUUAGCAGGACGUCCCACUGGGUCACGCAACGGUAUGCUGCCCUGCCGGCAUCUCCAGCAGCACAGACACCUUCUCUACGGUAACGCAGAAUUGCUAGUUCUAGCUGCGUCCAGCCGUGCUCAGCCUCCAGACGUGGUGUUACGGCAGAACGUCCCGCCGAUGGAGCGACCAGAGCCCCGACCUGCGCAGAGCGUGGAAACCCUCAUCGGACAGAAGCUGCAGCUGAUUGGAGAUCAGUUCUAUCAAGAACACAUCAUGCAUCACCAAAGGCCGCAGGAUCCGCUGUGGAGGCGUGUGGCGAUGGCCAUCCUCACGCUGCUGUUCGGCGCCAGGGAACACCGCAGGUGAAAAACCCUCCACAGAAUCUGACGUCUGACACGGGUCUGAGGGAAAAACACGAACACUCAGCAGAACAAACGUCUCCGCAGGACGGACGACAGCUUUUUAUCACAUCGUCUUUUCCCCCGAUGAAGAUGCCAUGAUGCUCUCCACAGUCGAACAGGAGUAUUUUUGUACAGUAUGCUGAUUGGGUUUCUUUGCACUUCCAUGUGUGUGUGUGUGUGUGUGUGUGUGUGAAUGAGCUGAUGAGUCUUGGAAAAGCCUUACUGUCCUUCACAAACCUCCAGGAUUUGUCAAUGUCAACUUCACAGCCUCCAAAGACGCCACUUUUAACGUUUCGCAUCUCGCUUUGUCCAGUUUUGUUCAUGUUUUUUAAUAUGUCGUUGUUGAAUUCAGGAUGAUCUAAUAUUGUUUGUGUUUUUCAAUCAACUGAAGAUGGUUUGAUGAAGUCGAUGAGUUGAUUUACCUGCUGUUUUAAUUUUUUUAUUUAAUUUUAUUGUCAGUCAAUUUACAGUUUAGAAUAUUUUUUUCUAAUAUAAUUUUUGUAUUUCGCUCACCAGGGCUGCAUUCAUUUGAU